AUGGCGCCCAACAUCGUCGUCUCCCGUCCCACAUUCCCAACGUACCUCCUCCCAAGCUUCAACAUCGUCCCCUUCCGCCGCCGCGCCCCGCGCCGGACCUCGUCCGCAUCAGAAGCAGCAGCAGAAACGGGGACAGCUUCGACGUCCCCGGACUCAACCCCAGACGCAAGCCAAGUCCCCUCCCUCAGCUCCUCGCCGACUUCCUCGACGACGGACGAGACCGCGACCCCGCCGAACAGCCCACCGCCGCCGACGUACCGAGAUGCCACCACCGCCGCCGCAACAACUAGCAUACCAGAUCUCCUCUCCAAAUCCACAAGCAUCAGCACCAACAAGAACAACAGAAACAACAAAACAACCUCCCUGGCACGCACCCACCCAGACACCCUCCGCUGCUCAACCUGCUCCUGCGACAUCGCCUUCGCCUCCCAAAUCGUAAGCAAAGGCUUCACAGGCCGCUACGGCCGCGCCUACCUCAUCGCGCCGACCGCCAUCCCAAACACCACCACCGAUACCACGUCCUCCUCCCCCUCCACUACCCAGAGUGCACGCGGCGGCGCAAACAACAGCAAGAACAAGGGAAGCCUCGCCAACGUCCGCAUAGGGAAAUGCGAGAACCGCCAGCUCGUGACGGGCUGGCACGUCGUCGCGGACAUCACCUGCGUCCUCUGCAGCGCGAAGCUGGGGUGGAAGUACGUCGACGCCAAGGAGCUCAGCCAAAAGUACAAGGUGGGCAAGUUCAUCCUCGAGGUCGAGCGCGUGGUGCCGUUCCGCAGCUGGGAGGAUGUUGUCGACGUCCGGGACGAUGAGUGUUCUGACGACGAGGAAGACGAUGCGUUAGAGGAUGACGAUUCCGUGGCCGGGGAGGCCGGCGGAGUAGGUGGUAGAGACGAGGAUGUUGCGGACCGAAACGGCGACGACAGCGGCGGCGGCGACGACAGUGCCGCCCAGAGCGCUCGCAAGGACGCGCCGGACAGUGACGUUGAAGUUGUGUUUGAUUCCGAGGACGAGGACGACCUCGAGGAUAUGUUCUCUGGAAACUGGGACCCAGAGGUUGUGGCAAAGAGACGGAGCCGUCGAGUGGCGACGGCGCGGAAGAAGUAG